GAAGUCCGAACUUGACUGUCAAGUGUCAACAAAAUGAGGCGAGGUUUAUUCGUUGUUUACUAAAUUCACGUGCAAACAUUAUUUAUAUUUUGUAAAUUCCCAAGAAGAUUCGUGACAAUGCCUGGUCCAGAUUUAUUGUCAAGUCAAGGGUUGCGACUAGACGGACGUAGACCAAACGAACUUCGUAGAAUUCGAUGUAAAUUAGGUGUUUUUACACAACCCGACGGGAGUGCUUAUUUGGAACAGGGAAAUACAAAAGUUUUGGCCGCUGUGUAUGGGCCGCAUCAAGCAUCAAAAUCAAAACAGUUAACUGAAGGAGUGGUUGUUAAUUGUCAGUACAGUAUGGCCACAUUCUCCACAGGUGAAAGAAAGAACAGGCCGCGAGGCGAUCGCAAGUCGCAAGAGAUGUCGUUACAUCUGCGUCAGGCGCUUGCAGCCGCCAUCAAGACGGAGCUGUAUCCUCGGUCUCAGAUUGACAUUUAUGUUGAAGUGUUGCAGGCAGACGGCAGCGCUUACUGCGCAUGCGUGAACGUGGCAACUCUAGCUUUGAUAGACGCGGGCAUACCACUGCGAGCUUAUGCGUGCGCCUGUUCCUCCUCCAUGGCGUGGAAAGGCGGCGAACCCGAGCCCCUGGUGGACGUGAGCCAUGUAGAGGAGGCUGCAGGCGGCGUUUGUCUUACUGUGGCCAGCCUGCCAAGUACUGAAAGCAUAGCACUAUUGGAAAUGUCACAUCGUCUCCACAUGGAUUACUUUGACGUGGUGCUAAGCAGGGCCAUGCAAGGAUGCAGAGAUAUUGAGGUGAUAUUGGACAAAGCAGUGCGCGAACAUUUAGUAGAAGGAUGGACCAAACAAGAUGUGGUUACUAUAUGAAAUAAAGGUCUUUUAAUAUAA